UAGCGCCGCCCAUUUCCUUUGGGAAAAAAGUGGUCAGCUAUUUUUUUUAGCUGACAUCUUUGUAUUUUUAGCUGUUAGCCAUUGCUGCUAAGUAACUUUUCUAGGUAUUUCUUGUCUCAAAGUAUAUACACGAAUUGCACGAAGUCCACGCUGUGAACAAGAGCAGUUACGCGACCUUUGAAAAGUUACUAUGGAAGAAGUACAGCAGGGCAGCAAUGGCACCGAGACACAGACUACCACCAUUCCCACUACCAUCACAUCCUCUCAGUUCUCACAGAUAGCCCAACAGAUGUCACUGGGAGGUUCUUCCGUGGCUGUUGUACAGCUGCCAGGGGGUCAGUUUCAGGUUCAAGGAGUGAUCCAGUCUGCACAGUCAGUCAUUCAGUCCCCUCAGGUGCAGAUUGCACAGGCCCAGGAUUCAGAUAGUGAUGAUUCACAGGACUCAUCAGACAGUGGAGUUGCAGCCCAAAAGACCAGAGAAAUACUGGCAAGACGGCCGUCAUACAGAAAAAUCCUGAAUGAACUUUCCUCUGAGGAAGUGGCACACAUUGAGGGAAAAGAUAACAGCCCAGCAUCGACUGGAGUGACAGGUGUUACAGUACCCACCACCCCAAUCUACCAGACCAGCACCGGCCAGUACAUUACCAUAUCUGCCAAUGGCACAAUCCAACUGGCCACUCCAGGGUCCGAUGGCAUUCAAGGGCUACAGGCUGUCGCCAUGGCCAACUCUGGUGGUGCCCAGCAAAGCACCACCAUCCUUCAGUAUGCCCAGACACCUGACGGCCAGCAGAUACUGGUGCCUAGCAACCAGGUGGUUGUACAAGGUGCAGGAGGAGAGAUGCAAACAUACCAGAUCCGCACAGGUCCAACAUCCAGCUCUCUGCCUCAGACUGUAGUUAUGACCUCUCCAGUGGGGCUAUCUCAGGGCAAGACUGAUGAUCCAACAGUGAAGAGGGAAAUCAGGCUUGCAAAAAAUAGAGAGGCAGCCCGUGAAUGUCGACGGAAGAAAAAGGAAUAUGUCAAAUGCCUGGAAAACCGCGUAGCUGUUCUUGAAAACCAAAACAAGACCCUGAUCGAAGAACUGAAAACAUUAAAGGACCUUUAUUGUGUUAAAACAGGAUAGCCUGUUUGGGUAGAGGUUGAGGAUUGAGACAUAAGCGGAGCGGCAGCUCAGCCAUUUGGACGUGAACUGGGUUUCUGGGAACACUGCAUUUCAGGCUGAGAUCCUCCAGUUUUUUUUUACUCUGUUUGAUAUAAAAGUGACUUGUGAUGGCAGUAAGAUAUACUCCAAAAAUACAAAAGAAAUUGGCCAUUUUUCCACCUGCUGUUUUUUAAAAAUUUGCUAAUGCUAUAACAUUUAUAGUUGUGUAUAUUUUUAAUACUGGGAGGUUUGAAAUUGUGAGCUUUAACUUUGAGUCUCAGUUUCUAAAUGUAUCCCUUUCCUCUUUUUCUUGUGUUUUUAAAAAUGUUGCUGCUGGAGGUUGUAUUUUUUAACCUUCUAACAGCAUCUGCAGAAUUUUGACUGUAUAAUUACUACACAGACAUAAUUCCUCUUUAUUUUGUGAACCAGCAAUUCCCCUCAUUUCCCUAUAAGGAGAUGUUACAAUUUUCAUUCCUUAUUUUUGUGCAAUGGAAUAUAAAGGGUAACAGAAACGAUGACAUUGAGUAUGAUUUGUUUGGUUGUUUCUUGGCAGUUACUUAGACAAUCAGGGAAAAAUGCACAGUGUCCAGGUAAUAUUUAUUAUGUACAUCUUGGGAGGGGUGGGGAAGAAGAACAAACAGUGUAUGAAAAGUUGCUGAUUCUGUAAGUAAAUAAAUAUAUUUUCACUCAAUAAA